UCAAAACAUUUAGAGAGGGAAACGAGGACCCCUGGAGAUAGAAUGAUAGAUGGAAGGGCUGAUCCUUGAACCCAAAGCUUCAGCAUCACCUACCUUUUGCCAGUCUUGUCUUUUAAGGGAAAACUCAGAUCCAAAGCUCCCACCAUUUAUGGCCCGUCUCUUCUGCUUAAUUACUCCACGUUUUCUCUCUACCCUUUUUUCUUAUCAAGUGUCUCACUCUCUGACUCUGAGAAAUCGGAGUUUCUCUCUGACCCCAAGAUUUGAAGAACCAGGGUAGCAGACUGCAGCUGUUUCAGAAAUCAUUGCUUAAUCUUGUCAAAUGGGAUCAUUUCACAUGCCAGAAAAAUUGCGAAGCUCUGUAUCCCUGGAGACUUCGUGUGGCUAUCUGCUCCAGGAACUACAGUUAAUCUGGGAUGAGGUCGGACAAGAUGAGUUUGAAAGAGAGAAGGUCCUCAUGGAACUUGAACAGGAGUGUCUGGAAAUUUAUAGGAGAAAAGUUGACAGUGCAAAUAUGUCUAGAGCACGUUUGCAUCAAGCAUUGGCAGAUUCGGAGGCUGAAUUCACGCAUCUUCUUCUGUCCCUUGGAGAACGAUCUCACCCUGGACGGCCAGAUAAAACAGGGGGAACACUGAAAGAGCAGUUGGAUUCAAUCACCCCAGCCCUGAGGGAGAUGCAGCUAAAGAAGGAAGAGAGAGUGAAACAGUUCCAAGAUGUCCAGAUGCAAAUCCAGAAAAUAUCUGCAGAAAUAGCAGGUAACUCAGAGCUCAAUGUUUCACUGUCCGAUGUCAUUGUGAAUGAGAGUGACCUUUCUCUGAAGAAACUUGAGGAGUACCAGGUGGAGCUACAACAACUCCACAAGGAGAAGAGUGAUAGGCUACUAAAAGUAGAAGCUUAUACAAGUGCCAUCCACAACCUUUCUGCGACUUUGGGCAUGGAUUCCUCCGAGAUCAUCACAAAGGUCCAUCCAAGCUUGGAUGACACAUGUGGGCAGAAGUCAAAAAACAUAAGUGAUACCAUUUUGGCUAGGCUGAACAGUACUGUAAAGGCUCUUGAAGAAGAAAAGCAAAAGAGGCUUGAGAAGCUUCACAAACUUGGGAAGGCAUUGACAAACCUGUGGAGUCUUAUGGAUACACCCUAUGAAGACCGCAGACUAUUUUCCCAUGUGAUUAAUCUUAUGCCCUUUUCGGCCGAUGAAAUUUCCAAUAUGGGAAGUCUUGCCGUUGAUAUCAUUCUGCAGGCUGAGGCUGAAGUUGAAAGACUGGAUCAGCUAAAGGCAAUCAAAAUGAAAGAGCUUUUCCUUAAGAAACAGAAUGAACUUGAAGAGAUAUGCAAGAGAUCACACAUGGAGAUACUUUCGCAAUCAGAGAUGGAUAAUAUAAUGAGCCUUAUAAACUCUGGGGAGAUUGAUCAUGCCGAUCUCCUCAUUAGCAUGGAUGAACAGAUAUUGAGGGCAAAAGAAGAGGCCUUUAGUAGGAAGGCCAUAAUGGAAAAAGUGGAGAAAUGGAUAUUAUCAUGUGAUGAGGAGCGUUGGUUGGAAGAAUACAGCAGGGAUGAGAAUCGGUACUCAGUGAGUAGAGGUGCUCAUAAGAACCUGAAGCGUGCAGAACGUGCCAGAAUAACAGUCAGCAAAAUCCCUGCUUUAGUGGAUUCACUGAUAGAAAGGACUAAGGCCUGGGAAGAGGAAAGGAAGAAAGUGUUCUUGUAUGAUGAGGUACCUCUCUUGGCAAUGUUGGAAGAGUACAAUUUGAUAAGGCAGGAAAAAGAAGAGGAGAAACAAAGACAAAGGGAAAUGAAGAGGGCGCAGACCCAGGUGGUAAUUGAACAAGAGAAUUUAUUCGUAACUAGGCCUGGCACAAGCAGUCAACGUGUUUCAAACAGCAACUCAAAUGGAGGUUUUGGCAGUGCCAGUCCCAUGAACAGGAGGCUUUCCAUGGGGAUUCAGCAGCUAGGAUCAAGCUGCAUCAACACUCCAAGUCAAGGAACAUCCAUCAUAAAACAAAGUAAGAAGGCACAGGGACCAAGGAUGUUAGGUAAACAACGACGUGUUUCACAUCUUUUUACAGAAGACACAGCUUCAGUGUUAUCAACAACAUAUUCUGGUCCAUCAUCUCCUUAACUCUGUAAGUUCUAAGAUCAAAGCAGCAAAUUGAUAAAUUUUGCUUUCGUGUAUGAUUGGGAAAGCUAGAACCCUAGAAGAGAAGCUCGCUCGCCAUGUGGAAAGAAUGAGUUCAGCUUGUUUUGUGUCAGUGUUGGUUUGAAAAAAAAAAAGAUGUCCAUACAAUUAUUUAUAACUUACUGUUGAACCUCGAGGGAUUCGUGAUUUCUGUAACAAGUAAAGAUUGCUGAAAUGGAUGAUUUCUAACUGUUGUACAUGCUUAAUUAGACUACAGCAGUGCACAACCUAAACUCUUUUGAUUGACAUUUCAUCAAAUUAAAGAGGACCUCUGUGGGAAACUAUGGGAGUUGGAAAAGCGGAAUGUUCUAAUAAUCAUUAAUCAGAGAGAUGAGCCAGGAAUAAACAUCAUCGAAGUCAAUGAUAAAACAAGAGGAUAGGAUCAAUCAAGCUCAAACUGGGUUUUCUAGUAAGCCAGGAAGAAAUGAAGCAAUUAAAAUUUU